AUGGCAAACACCCAAGACAAGGAGGAAGCCAUGCAGCACCACGUUAUGAACAAUGCCGAAAAGGCCACUACAGAAGCAACCACGGAUGACAAGGACGAUACGCAGUAUCCACAUGGCUUGAAACUCGCUGUCAUUAUAUUUUCCAACAUGAUUGCCAUGUUUCUUGUCGCUUUGGAUCGUACAAUCAUCACCACCGCCAUUCCUCGCAUUACUGACGAUUUCCGUUCGCUUAACGACGUCAGUUGGUAUGCGAGUGCUUAUCUCAUCACAAGCUGUGCCACUCAACUCAUCUGGGGACGAAUCUUUACAUUUUAUUCGACAAAGACAGUCUAUCUCUCUGCGAUAAUCCUUUUCGAAGUGGGCUCCCUCCUCUGUGGCGUAGCUCCAAACUCAAUCGCGUUUAUCAUUGGCCGUGCCAUUGCAGGCAUGGGCUCAGCCGGCAUCUACUCGGGCUCAACGAUCCUCAUUACUAAUGUCACACCUUUGUCGAAACGAGCGGGUUAUGUUGGAGCAAUGGGGGCUGUAUUCGGAAUUGCGUCUGUCAUAGCACCCCUGAUCGGUGGAGCUUUCACGGACCGUGUCACCUGGAGAUGGUGCUUUUACAUCAAUCUUCCUGUCGGCGGUGCUGCUGUGGUGGCUCUCAUUGCCCUAUUCCCUGAGUUUCCUCCCAAAAAGUCCACCCCAAUCAAGCAGCAGAUCAGACAACUGGAUCCCCUCGGCAAUACGGUCUUCUUGCCCGGUAUUAUCUGCUUAAUACUGGCGCUGCAGUGGGGUGGAGAGAAUUACCCCUGGAACAGUGGCCGAAUCAUCGCCCUUCUUGUCCUUGCCGCCGUCCUCCUCGUCGCUUUCGUCGCUAUCCAGGUGUGGCAGCAGGGAAACGCUACUGUUCCGCCGCGUCUCUUCAAAGUCCGCAACGUAUGGUUGGGCUCCAUCUUUGCCUUUUGCCUCGGAUCAGUGCUCAUUGUCUUUUUGGUUGCCUUGCCAAUCUGGUUCCAAGGCAUUCGUGGUACUGAUGCCAUCACGUCGGGCAUUGACACGCUUCCUCUUGUUCUUUCUCUUGUGUUCGGGGCUAUCGUCUCAGGGGCCAUGAUCAACGGUGUUGGCUGGUUCAACCCUGUUUUCUUCGCCUCGGUCGUAUUCAUGUCCAUCGGCGGGGGGCUGAUAUCAACAUUCGAUGUCAACACACCUACACAUGCCUGGGUGGGUUACCAGAUUGUUCUUGGUCUCGGCAUCGGCCAAGGGAUGCAACUAGCAAGUCUGGCAGCACAAGUAUCUUUGGAGAAAGAUGAUGUUCCUACUGGUGUCUCGCUCAUGUUCUUCGCCCAGUCACUUGGAGGAGCAGUGCUCGUGUGCAUAGGCCAGGCGGUCUUUAACGAUUCGCUGCGCUCUCGCCUCAGCAACUUCGAGGGGAUCGAUGUCGAAGCAAUCGUAGGACAUGGUAUCACGCAAUUGCGCAACGCCAUUCCUAGUGACAUGGUCGAGUCCGUCCUUACACAGUACAACGCGGCGCUGCGAUGCUAUUUCUAUGUUGGACUUGCUGCGGCUUGCUUUGCCAUUGUACCAUCAUUGGGUAUUGAGUGGAAGACCGUUAAGGGCAAGACUUCUCACUAG